AUGGCCGUGGCCUCUGUUGACGAACGUGAGAGUACUCCUUCUCGGAGGCGCAGUGCUCGACAACGAGCACAAUUAUGGAUGACCAAAGGUGGUCUAGUGCGCGAUGAUUCCGACGACGAGUUGGGGGAUGAAGAUCUUCCAUGGCAUUGGAUUUAUGACGCUGAAGAAGAAGAUACCGAAAACAAAGAAACGACACCGGCUACCGAUGAGGCCGAGAUAAAGUCAGCUCGGAGACGCGCGGCUCGCCCUAGUGCGAAGCGCCGACGGAAUAUCAUAGGGGCGCGGAUGGGUUCCUUCGAGUGUCGGUUAGGUCAAGUCGUGCUGCUCAAAUCUCCGGAACCGGGAAAAGAUUGGGUCGGCAUCAUCACUGAAUUUCUAGAGGAAGAAGAUGAGGAGGCAGAGGAUGGGGUGGUCAAGUCGGUUAACAUCAUGUGGUUUGCGUCCCCGGAUGAGUUCAUGUCGACCAAAAACAAGCGAAGGGCGGACGCUUUGCCAAACGAACAAUAUCUGACAGCGGAUUUUAAUGUCAACCCCAUCACGUCAAUCAAUGGCAAAGCUACGGUGAUGUCCAAGGACGCGUUCUUUGCCAAAUAUCCGAACGGCACGCCCCCAAAGGGCAAGGAGGAAUUGGCCGAGUUCAACAAAUGCAUUAUCUGCCGGAGAGGUGUAAACCAGCUUCAAGGCAGAUAUACCGACGAAUUCAUUUGGGAGGACGUGUACCGGGAGGAUAAGAUCCAUGAUCUCAUUACCAUGGUCAAGGACGGGUUGAAAGCGGCCAAAAAACGCAAGCAGGUCGAUGAUGAUUACAUUUAUACGAAAGAGGAUGAUGAUUUUGCUCCCUCUACACCUCGGAAGAGGCAGAAAGUAGCCUCGAAUGCUACUCCACAAUCGCGACGUAAGAAAGCUCUUACUACGCCGUCGCACAAGAGUGCAGCAAUCAUGGAAGGAACUGGCACCUGCAUUUAUAUCUCGGGAACACCAGGGACCGGCAAGACAGCUACAGUACGUGAGGUGGUUGCGCAGUUGAAUGCUGCUGUUCUCGCUGAGGAAAUGGACGACUUCAUCUUUGUUGAAAUCAACGGAAUGAAAGUGACUGACCCUCAUCAAUCUUAUUCAUUGCUCUGGGAAGCGCUCAAGGGUGAUCGCGUUUCCCCUUCCCAUGCGCUUGAUCUUCUCGAAAGAGAAUUCUCGCAUCCCUCGCCCAGACGAGUGUCAUGUGUCGUCCUCAUGGACGAGCUUGAUCAGUUGGUUACAAAGAAUCAAUCAGUCAUGUACAAUUUCUUCAACUGGCCUGCCCUUCGUCAUUCACGACUUAUCGUCCUUGCUGUGGCAAACACCAUGGACUUGCCGGAGAGAACGUUGAGCAACAAAAUCUCCAGCCGUCUCGGGUUGACUCGCAUUACAUUCCCCGGUUACAAGCACACAGAUCUCAUGGAGAUCAUCAGCACCCGGCUGGCCAAUGUUCCUGGAAACAUCGUCGAUGCGGAUGCCAUUCAAUUCGCUAGCCGAAAAGUAGCUGCUGUCAGUGGAGAUGCUCGGCGUGCAUUAGACAUCUGUCGACGCGCUGUUGAAAUUGCAGAACAGUCCAGCGAGGCUGCAAAGAUCGAGGAUAUGGAUGCCGAGCAGAACGGAGACGACACCGAGUCCCUGCCCCCUACUCCCAGUAAAACCCCAGCACGACGACAGAAAUCUACUAGCAAGCACACAGUCAAGCUCGAGUCACCUCAGAAAAACGCGGCACAGAAACAGACCGCGGGCCGAGUCACCAUCGCCACCAUCAAGCAAGCCAUCCAGGAAGCCACCUCAACCCCGCUCCAGCAAUCACUCCGCUCCCUUCCGCUGUCCGCGAAGCUCUUUCUCGCUGCUUUACUGGCCCGUGUUAAACGAACCGGUAUUACAGAGUCGACAUUCGGCGAUGUCAUCGACGAAGCGAAGAGAAUCGCCGAUGCGGCGGUUGCAGUCGCCAGCACGGGCAUCAGGGAUUUCUUGCUCACUGGGAACAACGGGGCGCGUGUGAGAGCUCUCGGCUUUGCCGCUAUGGAACUCAUGAACUCUGGAGUCCUUGCCUUGGAAAACGGGGCAGGAGUCAAGGGGCCCCUAGGCGGUUCUGUCAUCUCGAGCAGAGGCGACAGAAGCGGAAAGGUGAGGCUUAGAGUUGCACCAGAAGAUGUUCGAGCCGCGUUCCGGGAGGACAUUGAGGCAAAGGGAUUGGGAUUGGGUAUGGACCAGUAA